GUGUGGAAGCAGAAGAAGGUGUGGGUGGGAUUCGUAAAGUGCUGCCAGCAGACGAUGCCACAGUCGCUGCAGGUGCGGCUCGAACUGCCCGCAGAGCAGCUAGCUGACGUGUUCAAGAUCAGCCCUGAGGUGCGGCUGCCGCUGCUGCGCCACGUCCAGUCAUUCACCGACCACCAGCGAGACCACCUCAACAAGGACAUCGUCAAGGUUCUAGAGAAGGAGCCGGUCAAGGUCGAACCGCACCCGGAGAAGCUCGUCGUCGUCAUGGCAACAGAGGGCGCCGCUGACGUGAAGCUGCCGGGAGUCGUGGCGGUGUCGGCAGCCGACGUCGUCCUCGUGAAGCAGGAGGCGAAGGUGCGCUCGCUGUCUAGCCGUGUCUUUCCUUGCGACGAGAUUCCACGGAUGCAUCCGUUUGAGCGACAUGAGAGCGCGUACCCCCCUUAG